CGACUUGCGGCAUCACCACCUCUCCCGCCACCCCUUUUUCUUUUUUUCUCUCUCUUUCCCUCGCUUUUUCUGCAUUCCCGUUUCUUGCGAUGCCUAAUCGCAAAGGCGCGCGCAACGCUUUUUACUUCUUCGCGCUGGAGAAGCUGGAGGAGCUGAGGCGGCGGGGCCUGGCCGUGGCUGGCGUGGCGGAUGCGAUCCCGCAUUGCGCUGGCGACUGGGAGAUUCUCACUGAAGAGCAGAAAGAAAGGUAUGCUGAAAUGGCUCGUCAGUGGAAAGCAAAGAAAUCGGAAGGAACAGCAAAAAAGUCAUCCAGCCAAGUUCCAGAAUCUUUCCCCAAACAAAUUAAGAGGAGCACUCCUGUAGCAAACCCUGUCAAAGCACUCAGAACAUAUGAUCAAGUUUUGCUUGAAACCCCAUUUUACUUCCUGAAUAUCUUCAGCCAUGGAGUACUGCCCCCUCACUGCAAUCAACGUUUCCUGCCUUGUGAAAUCGGCUGUGUUAAAUACUCACUUAAGGAAGGCAUAAUUGCAGCUUUUCAUCGUUUUGUAGAUCCAGGUGAAGUGCCACUGGGUUUUCGGUUUCAUUGCCAAGCUGCAGGUGAUGCUACGCAUAGGAUUCCUAUAACUGGAUUUCAGCUUGCAACUUCAAAUUAUUCUGUUGUGUUACGUGAUUUAUACACAUUUAUUCAGCCACGCUGGGGGAUCUGGCCACCUGUCUAUUGUUAGUCUGAUGAUCAUUUUAGGAUCAGUUGGUGUCUGACGCAUAUGGCUACAAAAGCAGGCACAGCAAAUCACUUAGAGCUUCUCAAUGUGGAAGAUCUGAUUGUAGAGCUGUAUAAUCAGAAGCUUCAAAAAGAACCUUCAAAGACUUGGGUGUGCAACAUCCUGGAUUGCUGCAUGUGGGAUUACUCAGGAAAUACUAGGUGCCAGUGGCAUGAAGAAAAUGAUGUGCUAUACUGUGCUCUGGCUGCUUGCAAGAAGAUUGCAUAUUCCAUCAGCAAUUCUCUAGCUAGUAUGUAUAAUAUUCAGUUAACGGCAUCUCAUUUACCCUUGCAUGAGAUGGGCUCCAAGAACACAGUGAAUCCUAAGAUGAUAGUACUGGAUGCCAGACGUUUCCAGAAACUGAGCACUGAGUGGACAGGAAAUGAUAGGUACUUCGGAUCUCUUAAUGAGGAUCACAGUUCCAGAACUUGUAUUGGUGAUCAUCCUUCAGGAGUGAAGACUGUGGGUGAAACCACCAUUCGGCGUGGAAGAGGAAUUGCGCAAUUUCUGGAAAGCAUUUCCAAGCUGUCCAAGUAGCUAGAACUUGCACUGCAGUACCUCUCAUCCAACAGUUUUACAUUGUUUCUUGCCAUAUUAGAGAGUUUAAAAAAAUAUAUUUGCUUUAUCAUUUAUGCUCAGAUAUUUGUUAUCCUUGAUGAAAAGAAAGUAAUCCUAUUCCAUUGUUCGAGAAACUCUUAAAUAUUUACAGAAAGAAAUACUAAGUCAAGAGCAAGUUGAGAAGAAUAUUCUUUAAUAGGUAUGAAUGUUCAAUGGAAAUAGUAGAAGACUGAGUACAGUGAAAGCAGUAGGACAGCUUUCUGAAACAGUUUCUGGAUUAUUGAAGACGGUUGUACAUUAUUCAGAGUCCAAUGCUUAUUUACACCUACAGUAGUGUGCCCCAUUAUUGGAAAUCUUUGCUGCACCUGUAGCAUAAGGAGCCUAUUGUUGUAAUUGUAAUUUUUUUAUAUACAAUUUAUUCCCAGAGGACUUGGUGUGCCUUGGAAUACACUCUUGCCCAAGGAUCAAAGUUUUAUUAUCAGAAGAUAUUCAGAUAUUCUACAACAAUAAAAUCAAACAGGCAGUUAUAGUAAAAUAAGCAGUUAGGGAAUCUUCAUCCACUUGGCAGCUUGAAAUGCCAAGGCACCACUAACCUAGUUAUUUUUUAUUUA